GGUCCCCGCGCCCCGCCGGCGCUCGACUCUGUCCUCCCCCUGCCCCGCGCUUGGGGGGAUUUUUUUUUUUUUUUCCCCGUAGAGGAGGCGAGCAGGAGCCCCCCGCUUUCUCCCGCAGGAACAGGGGUGCGGGGAGAAACUUAUUUUCAACAAGUUUUUUUUUCUUUUUUUUGGCUCCCACCCCCCACCCCCCCUUUUUUUUUUCAUCCCCCUGUGUGUUAAUUAUUUUAGCCCCUUUCCCCUUUCGAUGUGCGGCUUUGGACAUGCGGAGGCUACUGCAACCGUGUUGGUGGAUCUUUUUCUUGAAAAUCACCAGCUCCGUGCUCCAUGAUGUGGUGUGCUUCCCCGCUCUGACCGAAGGUUAUGUGGGCUCUCUGCAUGAGAACAGACAUGGGAGUUCUGUGCAGAUCCGCAGGAGAAAGGCUUCAGGGGACCCUUACUGGGCAUACUCGGGUACCUAUGGUCCUGAGCACUGGGUGACGUCCAGUGAGAAGUGCAGGGGGUCUCACCAGUCCCCCAUAGACAUUGUCGACCACCUGGCCCACGUUGGAGAUGAGUAUCAAGAGCUGCAGCUGGAUGGUUUUGACAAUGAAUCUUCAAACAAGACUUGGAUGAAAAACACAGGAAAAACAGUUGCUAUCCUGCUGAAGGACGAUUAUUUUGUCAGUGGUGCUGGGUUACCGGGCAGAUUCAAGGCAGAGAAAGUGGAGUUUCACUGGGGUCAAAGCAACGGAUCGGAUGGCUCUGAACACAGCAUCAACGGCAAGAGGUUCCCCGUGGAGAUGCAGAUUUACUUCUACAAUCCUGAUGACUUUGACAGUUUUGGAACAGCAGUUCUAGAAAACAGGGUGGUAGGAGCCAUGGCCGUGUUUUUUCAAGUCAGUCAGAGGGACAAUUCAGCACUGGAUCCCAUUAUCCAUGGGUUGAAGGGCGUGGUACAUCAUGAGAAGGAGACCUUUCUGGAUCCCUUUGUGCUGAGGGAACUUCUGCCAACGUCUCUGGGGAGCUACUACCGCUACACAGGUUCCCUGACUACUCCUCCCUGCAGCGAGAUCGUGGAGUGGAUCGUUUUUAGGAAGCCUGUGCCCAUUUCUUACCACCAGCUGGAGGCAUUUUACUCCAUCUUCACCACUGAGCAGCAAGACCAUGUCAAGUCUGUGGAGUACCUGAGGAAUAACUUCCGACCCCAGCAAAGCCUGAACAACAGGAAGGUAUCCAAGUCUGCUGUGAAGGAUGCUUGGAACCAAGAUAUGACAGACAUCUUGGAAAAUCCACUCGGCACAGAAGCUUCCAAAGCUUGUAGCACUCCUCCAGUCAACAUGAAAGUGCAGCCUGUGAACAGGACAGCACUACUGGUGACCUGGAACCAGCCAGAAACCAUUUACCACCCUCCAAUCAUGAACUACAUGAUCUCAUACAGCUGGACUAAAAAUGAAGAUGAAAAGGAGAAGACUUUCACCAAGGAUAGUGACAAGGACCUGAAGGCCAUCAUUAGCCAUGUCUCACCUGACAUCCUUUAUCUGUUCAGAGUUCAAGCAGUUUGCCGAAAUGAAAUGCGUAGUGACUUUAGCCAGACUAUGCUCUUUCAAGCUAACACCACUCGAAUUUUCGAGGGGACCCGAAUUGUGAAGACAGGAGUGCCCACAGCAUCUCCUGCCUCCUCAGCAGACAUGGCUCCCAUCAGCUCCGGCUCCUCCACCUGGACCUCCUCGGGGCUCCCCUUCUCCUUCGUGUCCAUGGCCACUGGCAUGGGCCCUUCCUCCAGCGGCAGCCAGGCCACUGUGGCCUCCGUGGUGACCAGCACCUUGCUGGCAGGGCUGGGCUUCAGCGGUGGGGGCAUCUCCUCCUUCCCCAGCAGCGUGUGGCCCACCCGGCUGCCCGCGGCCGCCGCCCCCAGCAAGCAGGCCGGCCGCGCCGUGGUGGCCACCACCGAGGCCGCCGCCGCCUCCCCCGGGCCGGAGCGGGACUCGGCUCUGACCAAGGAUGGUGAGGGAGCCGAGGAGGGGGAGAAGGAUGAAAAGAGUGAAAGUGAGGAUGGGGAACGGGAGCACGAGGAAGAGGAAGAGAAGGAUGCUGAAAAGAAGGAGAAGACAAGGGCGACGGCAGCCUCAGAGGCACGCAACAGCACAGAGCCCAGCGUGGCCGUGGCUUCCCCCAACAGGACUGCUGAGGAAGGAGGAAAUAAAACCCUGCCGGGAGAAGUGCCAAACCAAAACGUUGCCCCCACGGCUGGAGGUGUGGAGAAGGAGAGCUCUGCCGAAGCCGACACUCAGCCCCAGCUGCUCCCUUCCACCCAAGUGCCACCAGCGUUCACCGAUGAACUGGACCUGGGCAAGAUCCCAAGAAGACCAGAGGCAACAAGAAAUCCUCCUCCAAAGAUGGACAGGUUUCCAGAGGAACAUCCCUCAGAUAACAAAUUCAUCACCAUUAACCCAGCUGGCAAGAACAGCUCCAGCAUGGCCACGAGACCUUCUCCUGGUAAGAUGGAAUGGAUCAUCCCACUCAUUGUGGUCUCAGCACUGACCUUCGUGUGCCUCAUUCUUCUCAUCGCUGUGCUUGUCUACUGGAGAAAGUGUUUUCAGACUGCUCAUUUCUAUGUGGAGGACAGCAGUUCCCCCCGUGUGGUCCCCAAUGAAAGUAUUCCCAUUAUACCUAUUCCAGAUGAUAUGGAAGCAAUUCCAGUCAAGCAGUUUGUUAAACACAUCAGUGAGCUGUACUCUAAUAACCAGCAUGGGUUCUCAGAAGACUUUGAGGAAGUGCAGCGCUGUACGGCUGACAUGAACAUCACUGCAGAGCAUUCCAACCACCCCGACAACAAGCACAAGAACAGAUACAUCAACAUCCUGGCCUAUGAUCACAGCAGGGUGAAGCUAAGGCCUUUACCCGGGAAAGAUUCUAAGCACAGUGACUACAUUAACGCUAAUUAUGUCGAUGGUUACAACAAAGCAAAAGCCUACAUUGCUACCCAGGGACCUUUAAAGUCUACCUUUGAAGAUUUCUGGAGGAUGAUUUGGGAACAAAAUACAGGAAUCAUUGUCAUGAUCACAAACCUUGUUGAAAAAGGAAGAAGGAAGUGUGAUCAGUACUGGCCCACGGAGAACAGCGAGGAGUACGGCAACAUCAUCGUCACGCUCAAGAGCACAAACGUCCACGCCUGCUACACCGUGCGCCGCUUCACCGUCAGGAACACCAAGAUGAAAAAGGGCCAGAAGGGGAACCCCAAAGGGCGGCAGAACGAGCGGACUGUCAUUCAGUACCACUACACCCAGUGGCCUGACAUGGGCGUGCCCGAGUACGCCCUGCCCGUGCUCACCUUCGUCAGGAGAUCCUCAUCAGCCAGAGCCCCGGACAUGGGACCAGUGGUGGUGCACUGCAGUGCUGGUGUUGGCAGAACUGGUACCUACAUUGUGAUAGACAGUAUGCUGCAGCAGAUAAAAGACAAAAGCACAGUUAAUGUCCUGGGUUUCCUGAAACAUAUCAGGACGCAGCGCAACUACCUCGUCCAGACAGAGGAGCAGUACAUUUUUAUUCAUGAUGCCUUGUUGGAAGCCAUCCUUGGUAAGGAGACUGAAGUGUCUGCAAACCAGCUGCACAGUUAUGUUAACAGCAUCCUCAUUCCUGGCAUAGGAGGGAAGACACGGCUAGAAAAGCAGUUCAAGCUGGUUACACAGUGUAAUGCAAAAUACGUGGAAUGCUUCAGUGCUCAGAAAGACUGCAACAAAGAGAAGAACAGGAACUCAUCAGUUGUGCCAUCUGAGCGUGCUAGAGUGGGCUUGGCACCACUGCCUGGAAUGAAGGGAACAGAUUACAUUAAUGCCUCUUAUAUCAUGGGCUACUACAGGAGUAACGAGUUCAUCAUAACCCAACAUCCACUGCCACAUACAACUAAAGAUUUCUGGCGAAUGAUCUGGGACCACAAUGCACAGAUCAUUGUCAUGCUGCCGGACAACCAGAGCCUGGCAGAAGAUGAGUUUGUGUACUGGCCAAGUCGUGAGGAAUCCAUGAACUGUGAGGCCUUUACUGUGACUCUUAUCAGCAAAGACAGACUGUGCCUCUCUAAUGAAGAGCAAAUUAUCAUCCAUGACUUUAUCCUUGAAGCUACCCAGGAUGACUACGUGCUGGAAGUCCGCCACUUUCAGUGCCCCAAAUGGCCAAACCCUGACGCUCCCAUCAGCAGUACCUUUGAACUUAUCAAUGUAAUCAAGGAAGAGGCCUUAACAAGGGAUGGCCCCACCAUAGUUCAUGAUGAGUAUGGAGCUGUGUCAGCAGGAACUCUCUGUGCCCUUACCACUCUGUCUCAGCAGCUGGAGAAUGAAAAUGCUGUCGAUGUGUUCCAGGUGGCAAAGAUGAUAAAUCUUAUGCGGCCUGGAGUAUUUACAGACAUUGAACAGUACCAGUUUCUUUAUAAGGCAAUGCUAAGCUUGGUCAGCACUAAGGAAAAUGGAAAUGGUCCCAUGACACUGGACAAAAAUGGUGCUGUGAUGGCCAGUGACGAAUCUGAUCCUGCAGAAAGCAUGGAGUCUCUUGUCUAAUUGGAAACCUGAAAAGGCACUUAAUUUGUAGAACUUCUGAAGACUGAGUGAACUUUUUUGAGGCCUUUUUUGCCAGACUCUAGGUUAUACAAUAACCCAAUUACUUUUUUACACUGAUAAAAGUUUUGAUAUUUAUUUUUUGCCAUUUUAUGUCUUAAUGGUAUCCUACUGAGCAUUUGCACCUCUGUUUAUUUCACACAGUGAAACGCAAUUUUAUCUAGUUUGCACUAUAUGAUCAGUGUUACUGCCUAUAAUAUCCUAAUACAAGACAAGCCCUGAUGUGACAUUCCAUGACAACAAACAUAUGCUUUUUCUGUUUUGUUUAAAUGCAGUGAAUUUUUGCUAACUACAGUGACCCUGGAAUCUUAAAUCUUGAAUGCUAGGCCAGAUGGAUUCUUUCUACAACAGAUACUGUACCCCUUUCAUACCAUAUUUAUUAUUUAGUGAUCAUGUCAAAGUUUUGGUAAUGGUGUUCUGCAUUCCAGUGGAGUGGAUGAGCAGUGUUCAUCCUUUCUUGACAAAAUGUGGCAGGUGAUUAUUAGCUACAGUGAAGGUCCAACAGCCUUGUAGAGCUGAAACAAUUAUUUCUCUAUUGUUUCAAAUUGCUGUGUUGUAUACUUACAGGCCUGAGACUUGCUUCAUGUGGAAUAUAUGAAUUACAUACAAGAUAAUUAUAAAUUAGAUGCAAUUCAUAUGUGGGAUGCAAUGAUAAGUUUUGAAUUUACAGUUUCAAAGUUUCCCCAUGUAUUCAGGAAAAUGUUGAUUUUGGUUUUUAACCAGCCCUGUGAUGGGAAAGUAUUUUGUUUUAUUUUCAUAGGAGCCAAUACAGUGAGAAAUCUACAACAACCCAAAAGCAGACCAGUUUUGAGAUAUAUUAAAGGUAGCAAUAUUUUACAUUACUAAGCUAUUCAAUAUUUUAAACACAUCUAAUUUCCUUACUAUUUCUUGAAUAUGACCUCACACCUAAUGGUAUGUUACAUGAUGACAGGCGUUUCUUAAUUUCAUAACUGUUAGAUGCCAUUUUUACAGGUGUGUAAUUUUCAUACUUUAGUGCUAAAACAUAAAGUACUGAUCCAUAUUUACUGGUGAAGCAAACUAAUAAAAAAACUACCUAUAAAGUUACAUUCUCCCUCUUUUUUUUUUGCCAGACUAAUUCUAUAGCAAAACCUUAGUUUAUUGUGUUUUCCCUCCCAUGCCAAUAGAAUGGUUUCCCCCAGAUUAUGUCAGUAAUUAUUGUUUGGAGCAUUUAAGUUUACAUCCUCACUGGCUCCCUCUUCCUUUGUAUUUGGUUGCAAUUCAAGAAGGUCGGUCCCUGAUUAACAAAAGAAGUAAGCACAUGCUUAAUUCUCCUGAAAUUAGUUGUGCCCUUCAUAGCUUGGCUGAGUAGGGAGGGGUUAUUGAAUCUGCCUGCAGAAGAAAAUACAUGAUUUCAGCCAUCCUGACCCUUGGUGUACAGUUAAAGGCACUAUCCUUUAUAUGUGGCAUUAAUUUCUUCUAAACUACAGAAAACAUGCAUUGUAAUUUUUCAGGACUUGUCAAAAUACUACAACUUUUUUUUUUUUUUUCAUUUAAAUGUAAACCUAUUAAUUUCUGCCAGUCCAAUCUUGCUGAAAUACAGACAUUUGGCAAGGUUCUGUUUAUUUUCACUUACAAGGAAACUGAAAGCAAACGGCUUAAAAGGAUAUUGAGAGUAGAUAUGUUGGUUCAGAACCUCUUAAGGUGCAAACUGAAACAGCCUCGCUGAGAGCACAGGAGCUGUGCAAACUGGUAUGUGCUAACAUUUGGCCUUUUAUCUUAAUAAGAGAAAGAUUCAAAGUAUUGAAGGAUUUAUCAGCAACCUUUUACACAGUCACCUUUUACUUCUCAGUUUGUUGAAUCCCUUCAUCCAAGAAAUCCCAGUCAUUGCUAAUACCAAGCAAUUUAAUAAGCCCAUGGUUUCAGUAAGGCAAUCCCCUGCCCAGCAACAGCUAGUCCAGAUAAAAUAUGAGCAGAAUGUUCCAAAAGAUUGUAGUUUGCAUCCCCUUUGCUCUGCAUGAAGAAGGGAGUCGCUAGGAGUUAGGAUGGCUCUCCAUUCACUACACCCCAGUAACAGAAUGGUUUAAAUAAGUUCUCAAGUGCUGCUCCCAGCAAGGGUUGGAAAGUUUUGCUGAGUGGUUUUCUGGCCAGCCUUCAUCAGCCUCAGAGGCUGCUGAGCCCCCCUGUGCCCCCAGUCCUGAACCUGGACCCAGCCAAUGCCAGCUGGUAGCACAAAGGGCCUCAUAAGCUGGAUCAGUUCAAUCUAGAAAGAAGUAUUUUAAGUUCCUGGGGAGAUGUAGGGAGAAGUUAGAAAUUCAAACCUUGACAACUAAGUGACACAAAGAUUACUGCAGGCAUCAAAAGAUUGGAUUUGUUCAGUACUUUCAGGUGAUUACUUUUCAUUUCAGUGGCAUGAUAGAAGAUAACUGUGGUUUUUGACUCACUGCUUGAAUACCCUUGGUUUAAUCCCUUACCUUCUCACAAGUUUUAAGCAUCAAUGAAUGAAGGCUGCAGGGGUUGAACUUUGGUAGAUGCUUUGGAAAUCCAUGCAUUUGCAUUGGCAUUUUCCAACACCUGAAAUACUUGUUUGGGGUUUAAUCCAUGGGGAAGUAAUGUUCUAUGAGUUCUCCAUGGAUUAUUUUGUAAGGGAGCUCCAGCUGUAAGUUAAAUGCUGUGCUGACAGCCAGGUAGCCAAUAGAUGGUAGUGAUGCACGGGGCUUGAAGGGGUGAAGCUAGAAAUUGCUUGUGAAGGUCAGGAUUAAGCACACAGAAGAGCCAAAUCUAUCCUCCUGUAAGCAGCUGCAGUUCUGCUCUCUUACACAGGUUUGCACCCUUUCCUUGGGACUGAGUGAGUGGCAGAAGGAGCAAUGUCUGCUCAGAGAUGGGCACUGAUAAACUCUCCUGAUGCUCCCACGAGUGUCCAGCCCAAAUCACCAUCUGCUCUGCAAAUCACCAUCUUGCUUUUGGGACCCCAAUCCCUUGGCUGUACCCAGCUCCUGCCAUUCAGUCAGGAUGUCUUUCAAGCAUCAAAGGUUCCCAGGCAAUGUGUAGGUCUGCAAAUAAAGAGGACCUGAGAACAUUCCCAUAUCACUGCAGAGUGUGGUCCUCAGCACCAGCCCUGAGAAAUAA